UCCCCAGCCAUGCCCACCGACCUCAGUGGCACCUGGAACCUGCUCAGCAGUGACAACUUUGAGGGCUACAUGCUGGCCCUAGGCAUUGACUUUGCUACUCGUAAGAUAGCCAAACUGCUGAAGCCACAGAAGGUGAUUGAACAAAAUGGGGAUUCCUUCACCAUUCACACAUACAGCAGCCUCAGAAACUACCUUGUCCAAUUCAAAGUUGGAGAGGAAUUUGAGGAAGACAACAAAGGCCUGGACAACAGAAAAUGCAAGAGCUUGGUUACCUGGGACAAUGAAAAGCUCACCUGCGUGCAGAAGGGGGAGAAGAAGAACCGAGGCUGGCGCCACUGGAUUGAAGGGGAUAGACUCCACCUGGAGAUGUUUUGUGAAGGCCAAGUGUGCAAACAGACCUUCCAGAGAGCCUGAGCGCAGCACAUUUGUGGGCACAGCUUAAUGUCAAAU